AAUAUGGCAGGAAUACCCACGACAUACGAUGAGAAGGAGAGAAUUUGGAGUGGAACCAAACGCAGCCCCUUAUACCACUAUGACACGUCCAUUGGUAAAAUUAUUUUUAACACUAUGAGGAUCUGGCCCAAGAACGUGUGGCAGAUAAACGACAUUGAUGGAGUCACAGUCACCUUCGAACAGGGUCUCACCUGGGCCAUUCGGAUUGCUCAGUACUUCAAGAAGCGUGCGCUCAGUAACAAGGAUGUUAUUGGCAUUGUUGCUAAGAACUGUACUUACUUAAUGCCCCUGGGAGUGGCUUGCCUAAUGAAUGGAACACCAUUCCACUCGGUUAAUCCGGAUCAAGACGAAGCUACCGUAACCCAUGUGUUCUCGAUAACCAAUCCAAGUCUGAUAUUCUGCGAUGGAAAUGUGUACGACAAGGUUCGUGCGGCGACUGCUGGAUGGCAGCCGGAGAUCUACACUAUCACAGAUCCCGUAGAGGGAGUGCACAAGAUAGAGGAUCUUCUGGAUCCCACCACUACUGAAGCGGGAUACCAGCCAGAGCCAUUGAAGGAGGGAGGGGGCCAGACCAUGGCCAUUUUGUGCUCCUCGGGAACAACAGGCUUGCCCAAGGCGGUUUGCAUUUCCAACAAUGUUCUGAUGCAGGAUAACCCCCUGAUCAACAGCGAACUGAGCAUGUUAUCAUCGAGUGGCUUGGACUGGGUCACCGGCGUGGUCACAUUUAUCUAUAGCACUGCGUUUGGUGCCACCCGAAUCAUUACCAGCAAACCCUUCACUCCAGAGUACUUUGUGCAGCUGGUGAAGAAGUACAAGAUCGACUGUGCCGUGCUGCCGCCUCGCCAUCUCUCUGCCCUGAUAAGUUAUCCGGACGCCACGCCGGAAGAUCUGGCACCCCUAAAGAACGUCCACUAUGUCGGCGGUGCGGUUUCGAUGGCCACCCUGCAGCGGACCCAAGAGCUCUGCAAGAAUGCGAUGCUUACCUCUGGCUAUGGUUUGACGGAGACCUUUAUCAUAACGAGUAGUAUUGGAAUCAGCAAUAUAGCUUCGGUUGGCAAACCCGUCGCGGGCGUGAGAAUGCGCAUUGUGGACGAGGAUGGAAAGAACUUGACAUACAAUGAAGUUGGGGAGAUCUAUGUGGAUAGGGGGCAGACAUGGAAUGGUUACUUCGGAAAUCCCGAGGCUACACUUCAGAUGCAGGACGUGGAGGGCUGGUUCCACACCGGCGAUCUGGGCUACUUCGAUGAGCAGAACUUCCUUUACAUAGUCGAUCGCAAAAAGGAGAUCCUAAAGUACCAGGGCCUUCACUAUUGGCCGACUGAGAUCGAGAGUGUCAUCUCGGAGCUGCCGCAAGUGCAGGACGUGUGCGUCAUUGGAGUGUACGAUGAGCGGGAGGGCGAUGCUGCCGGCGCCUUGGUGGUCAAGGCCAAAGGAGCUGUAGUAACAGCAAAGGAUAUUUCGGAUCACGUGGCCAAGCGGUUACCUGCACUGCAAAAGCAAUUGCAUGCCGGAGUCCAGUUCACCCAUAAGCUGCCGGCCAAUGUCAAUGGCAAGACUUUGCGCAAGACGUCACGCGAACUAUUUAUUGCCCAAAACGGAACAGGCAAGUGA